UCAAAGAUGGAGCAAUACCCGUAUGAUAAUAUUUAUAGGUGCAGAGAGGAUAAAAGAGCUGGGGCAACCCUCCUUCAUCACUAAAUCAAAAGGGAGAACCCAACAGAUUCCUGAAGGGACCUAUUCUCCUUGUGGAAGCAUUAUGUACUGCACCCACUUAAAGACGCUGCAGCUGGUCGUCAUGGCAACGCUGUGGGUGACACCAGUGAGGGCGGGGACAGACUGCAGGUAUGGCUGCCGACUAAACAACAUGACCAUCACCGUGGAGAGAGAGGACUGUCACGGAAGCAUCACCAUCACCACCUGCGCCGGCCUGUGCGAAACGACGGACCUGAACUAUCAGAGCACAUGGCUGCCGCGCUCCCAGGGGGUGUGUAACUUCAAGGAGUGGUCCUACGAGAAGGUCUACCUGGAAGGCUGUCCAUCCGGGGUCGACCCCUUCUUCAUACCCGUUGCCAAGAGCUGCGAUUGCAUCAAAUGCAAGACGGACAACACCGACUGCGAUCGCAUAAGCAUGGCAACACCCAGCUGCAUAGUAAACCCACUAGAAAUGUAAUACAGUAGUUAGGCUGUUGCAGCAGCCACAGUUUGUUUAGCAACAGUUUGACUAUUCUAUGGUACCGUUUCCAUUGUUGAUGUGCUAUCGCAAUAAAACACUACUUUGA